GUUGCGCUUAGGCGUAGCAUACCACUGUCCUCCUCAACUGCAAACUCGGGGAACUCUUGGUCAGCACCGAACCCUCCGACUUCCGAGGUGAACUGCGUCCGCUGGUGCACCGGAACGGGCCGUUGAAACGUGAGGCUCCAUCGAUCGGCCUGCUGUUUCCUCCCUCCGACAAGGAAAAUGGAACCGGCAGGGGGCGAGUCUCCAGCACGUGCCGCUUCGGGAGCGACGCCCAGAGGGAGCGAGAAGGACGCCUUGCUCGGAUGGGGAAGCGGCGGCAACGCCAGCAACACGAUGAUUCCUAGCACAGUGGGGAGGGGGAGGGGCAAGGGCAGCAGCAAGCUGAAGGGGGGGUCCGGCGACCGCGGCGGGACGACCGCUUACACGAAGGGACCGCUCGGGUCUGGCGCUAGGUCGAGGAUGGCUUCCUACGACUCGGCGACUACCCUUGGCUUACCGAGGCGCGUGUCGAGCCGGGUCCGACUGGAAUCGUGGGAAUUUCCUGGAUGGGGGAGCCACUUUACCAUGAACCCACCGCCUGGGCUCGCCCUGUCGAACCCUAGCAAGGACCACGGGGGCCACGAGAAGCUGGGAGAGUGUGUGCUGUACGUGACCGGCCUGGUGACCGGAUUCGCUGGCUGGUUAUCCCCGGUGUGCCUGCUCAUGGUCGCGGGGAUUCUCUACCUCUACAGGUUCAUUUACGGCGAAGCAAUCUCUGCGUUGCCGAUGAACGGCGGCGCGUACAACGUGCUGAUCAACACGACCAGCAAGCCGGUGGCCUCCUUCGCCGCCUGCCUUGCCGUAAUCUCGUACAUCGCCACCGGGGUUGUCUCCGCCGCAACCGCCAUCUCCUAUCUACAGGAUUUCCCCGCGGUGAUGGUCGGCGGCACGGUGGUGGAAGGGACCUGGGUAACCGCAAUAUUGUUCGGGGUCUCCAGCGCCAUGCUUGGCGUGUCGGGAUUCGAGUCGUCCUCGCAGUUCGUGGAAGAGCAGGCCAAGGGCGUCUUCGUCAAGACCCUUCGUAACAUGCAGGUGUCUUGCUGUCGUGUGAACGUAGGGUCCGUGGGUUAG